UAGCUUUUUCAUAUUUGGAGUCUGACACUUGGCGGCGCUGGACGCUGAUUUUGAGCUGUUAGUUUGGAUGCCGAGUACAGGUAGAUAGACAUCCAAACAAGAGUUACAUUUGCACGCUCUUUAGCAUCGGUUUCGUUAUCUGUUUUCGAAUGGUUACUGUUUUGAAAAGUGCUAACGAUGUAAAUUGUGUGCUCUGAACGGAUUUCGAUUUGGAUCCUUUUUAAAAAACAAUUGACAACACGUUUUUGAUUCAUAUGCAACAUUUGUGCGGGAAUUAAACAGUUCCCUCCGGCUUUUAUUCUUUUUCUUUUUUUUUAAGUGUGUUUUGUGUUCGAAAGUUAUUUUAUUUCGACAAUCUACGUCUAUGUGAAAUUUGAUGGCAGGAUUAACGUUCGAGAAAUUUAGAGAGAUUGGUCCAGUAUGAACGAUAUCUCACUCUCUUGGCCGAGCAGACCGCCUCCGAUCAUCCCGACUACAGCGACAUCUGCCGAACGGCCAAUAAAGCAGCAGCUAUGGUGAAGAGAGCUGGCAAUGGGCGGGAAGAAUCGGACUUGGAUCGAAUUCAGGAUCUGUUUCCUAGUGAUCAUCUGCGGUUACACGAACGAGAUCCCUUGUCACCGCGUAAAGGUUUGAUGCGAUCCAAGUCUUCGGCCGCUUCCAAAAUACAGAGGGCUUUGCCAGGAAAAUCGAAAACCAGCAACGGAGAAAUGCCCACUAGUCCUAGCCGGCCGGAAGCGGUCUCUUUCCAACGAAAGCACUUGUGGGGCGAUGACAACUUCCGGGUCUUCAUCAUGGAGUGUCCGGUUCAUUUUGCUAUGGGUGUGCAGAAGCAAGAUAGACAUCUGUUUUUGUUCAAUGACCUCUUGCUAGUUGCCAAAUCAAGAUCGAAUGGAACUUACAAACUGAAAGAGAAGAUACCGAUGAGUGAGAUGUGGUUAUCGCAAUGUCUGAGUGAUGUUUGUGAGACGGUUAAGUCGCCAGCCACUUCGUUUGUCAUCGGUUGGCCCACUACGAACGUUGUUGUCACUUUCAGUUCUCUGAAGACAAAGGAUUUGUGGCAACAGAAACUCAUACAGUUAAUUGAAGAAUCAAAAGAAAAGGAAGGAAAAUCCCAAACAUCGAUUCAAAUUUCUUUUCGCAGUCCAGACACUGGUGAAGAAAUUUGUAAAACUAUCAAAGUUGACAAUAGACUUACAGUACAAGAUUGCAUUAAAUUGGUUCUUCAGCAGCUUGGUUAUUCUGAAAAUGGAAUAAAAGAUUAUAAAUUAUGGGUUAAAACUGGAAAAGAUGAUGCUCCAUAUCCACUUAUAGGUCAUGAAUAUCCCUUCAGUAUAAAAAUGAAUUUUAUUCGAGAUUUAUUGAGGCAGUCCGAGUUGGAUCUCCGGAAUUUAAGCAACAUCAGCACUGAUUCUAAAUGUUAUUUUAUUCUUCGCAGAAACACGCUGAACUCCUCAAUUAGAGUUGAUCCAAGACUGCAAAAGAAAAGAAAAAAGCAUCGUCGCCCUCAUCAUAAAAUCAAUUGGCUGUUUAGGCGUCCUGCUGCCAAGCAUGAUUCAGUGGACAGUGGUAAUAGUAGCCCACCUCCUCAUAGCUUAUUUGGUUUAUCUUUGUGGAAAUUAUGUCCAAAUAAUACUAUUCCAAAACCUAUUAUGUCUAUGCUGGUGCAGCUGUUCUUGCAAGGCCCAUUUACCGUAGGCAUCUUUCGCAAAUCAGCGAAUGCAAGAGCAUGCAGAGAGUUGAAAGAGAAAUUGGAAGCCGAUCCUGAUUGUGAGAUGAGAAAUGUCCCUAUCAUUGUACUUUCUUCUGUUUUUAAGGAAUUUCUCAGGAGCCUUCCAGAUUGCCUUCUUCAGUCUGAUCUGUACAAACAUUGGUUACAGGCUGUUUCUUAUGAAUCUGAGUGGGAAUGUAAAAAACGUGUGUUAAGUUUAUUGGCACAAUUACCUCCUCCUAAUAUUCGCCUUCUCCAGUAUGUUCUGUGUAUGCUGUGGCACAUUUCUCAGCAUUCAGCAGAGAAUAAAAUGUCUUCUAUGAACUUGGCUGUAUGCAUUGGACCAACACUUCUCAACCCAGGAAAAUUCCAGUCUCCUGUGUUGGAACAAGAGGAUGUGGCUAAAAGGGUUCCUAAAACAGUUGCUUUUCUGAUUGACCAUUGCGCUGAAUUAUUUGGAGAUCAAGUGUUACAGCUUCUUGGUUCAUUUCCAGAAAGAGAUGGUUCCAGACAAGAUUCAGGUGCAGAAGAAUCUGACAGUUUACACAGUCUUCAUGACCUUGCAAGUCAAUACAGAAGAGAUGAUUCAUCAAUUGACAGCUUAGACCGUGACUUUCUCGAUGAGAUAGAACCUAGUCCUAAACUGCCAUGCAAAAGCAAAAUGUCUCUCACAAAUCUGAGUCGGGAUUCUGGUCUUACUCUUAGUGAUACUCAGUUAUAUACUCCAGAGGAAGAGGCUGAAAGUGAAUCAUCUAGUGCAGAUAGCAGACGAGGAAACACUGCAGCAUUAACCAAAAGUGUUCCCCAUUUAGAUACAGCUGGAUUGGACUGCAAUACUGCAUCAUAUGGUAAAAAUGCCGGUGUAAGCAUCGAUGGCUCUUGCCACGAUGUUGUGCGUAAAAGACGACAGGGCAUGGAAGCUCACAGGACGAAAUCUCUUGUUGCCGGUUCAUCUUAUCAGCAUGCAGACUAUCACUAUGAAGAAAGUACACACUUGCCUUUGCAAUUAUCUCAGUCUUACAGUUAUAGUAUGCAACAAGAUCUCAUGGAUAGAGGAUACGAUAAUUUUGUGCGCAAUUAUCACAAUCCUGUAAGGAGGCGGGAUGUUCGAGGACGUUCGGCUACUCAGAGACCAAUUGUGUCAACAGUAGAGUCAGUGGACAAUUAUGUAGAAGGAACUUUACGCAGAAGUGCUUCAGAAGAAAGCUUAUUGCAAAAAUAUGGUAACUCAUCAGCUCCCAAAAGAGUUUUAACACAGAGAAAACGAAGGGCACCUUCUCCUCCUGCCCAAAAAGGUACAGUUUCUGCUCCAUGUAGUACCAAAAAGACUGAUAACUCUAUGAAUAAUCUCGCUCGUGAAUUAUCCAGUUGCUCUGUAAGUAGGGCGCCAGACAGGCAUGCUGUAUGGUUUGCAACACAUUCUAGGCGAACUGACUGGAAAAGAAGUCAGUCAACAUCCAAGAUCGAUGAGAUCGAUCAAGCUCACGAUUCGAGUACAUUAUCACUUGUUUCUAGUGAAGACAGUACACCACAAGUUUCACGUAGUAAUAGCAGAGUUCAAGAACUGAGUUCAAAAUCUCAUGGUGAUUUGUAUAAUAUGUACUAUAGUCCACCUAGAGUGAACAGUAUUUGCAGUUCUACUUCAGAUGGUAGCCAACAAUCUCACCAUUCUCGUUGUUCACAAUCCUCCAUAAAAUCGAAUAGUUCGCACAGGUCUCAGAGGUCAAGUUGUUCUUUAAGCAGUUCUCCUGCCAAACCAUGCGAACCCCCCAGUUAUCUAGAAGCUAUAAACCGACAGACAAUGCUUAAACACAUGCAGCAGCCAAAUGCUAAACAAGUUACCGAAGAAAUGAGGGUAGAGCAAAUGUCACUGAGUGCUAAAGCUCGAGAGUUAUACGAAAACUCUGUUCGAAUGUACUCACAACAGAUCCCCGAUACAGAAGAGACUCACAGGGCUGUCCCUGCUAAUGUAGAUUGUGUAGAUGGUAUUCAUAAGGCAUCUAUAUCUGUGAAAUCAACACAAACUUCUCCCAGAGCAGGUAGCCAAGAUGGAGCACAUCCUAGAUUGAGGCAUUUACCACCGGUGCAUGUGACUGAUGCUCAGCUGAGUAGAGUAAGAAACUUCCAUAUCAGGCCAAGGCAUACAAGGGAAGUACUACCCGAGGAACUCCGAAAAGAAAUAAAUUGGAGUGUUGCUCAGCUGCGUGACUUGUUUAAUGCCAGAAUGCAGGAAAGUAAACCUUGCACUUUUCAAGGAACCUUCUUAGAAAAGAGUGAAGAAAUGGGCAGCGGCAGACAUCCCAGACGCAUGGGCCAGCAACAGCACACACGUAGUCGAAGUCUGAGUACAAGGAGUGAAGAGGAAUCUUUUGUCUAAGUCUGACUUUGAAAAAAAUGAAUCACUAAAUGUAGAAAAUUUUUCAUUUUAUUUUAACAGUCCUUUCUGGAAAAGUUCUCUCAACAGAAAGUAGCCAUUCAUUUCAUGUAUAAGAUUCAAUAACAAAUAAUUUGGAGUGGAUAUAUACAUCCCAUUACUUCUACAUUUAGUGAUUCAGUUAUGUACAUAGUCCCUUUCUCCUCAGGUUUGAAUCUAUAAAGACCAAAAGUUUAAUGUGUGUUCAUUGUACAUUUUCACUGGUGUAACAUUUUAACAAUAUUAUGCAUUUAUUUACUAAAGAUUGUGCAAUGUGUUGUCAUGAGACUACUCCCUUUUGUAAAUAAGAAGUCCUAGCCUUUUUUGUAAGAUAAUGGAAAAUUGCAUGAUUUACUGCUGCUUCCACCCUAGUCCAAGUCCGGACUUCCUCUCUAAAAUUAUCUAUAAAUAUAGUUUCUGUAUUUAAUUAAUUACCCUGUCUUCUCUUUGUUGCAUUAACAUUUGAAGAUCAGUUUUCUUGCCCUGCGUAAGAUGCCAAUUUUGAAGCUCAUUUUUUUUGUACAUUUAUUGUAUACAAUUUUUUUUCUAUAAAAUUAAAAAAAAUAUAUUCUAGAA